AUGCGGCUUUUGAAAUGUUGGGAAGUUUCAUAUAAACAAUUGAGAGAGACAAUAAAGAAGCUUCCGCUAUUGGAGGAGUUUGAAAUUUCAUACAGAGUCCUAUCUGCGGAUACGUUGAAACUCAUGGGCAAAUAUUGCCCACAUUUGAAAGUGCUGAAAUUUAACAAGGUGGAAGACAAAGACUUGGAGUGUGAUGAUGAAGCGUUUGCUAUUGCAAAAACUAUGCCUGAGCUACGUCAUCUCCAACUCCUGGGAAAUAGACUUACUAAUAAAGGCUUGCUUGCCAUUCUUGAUGGAUGCCCUAAUCUUGAAUCUCUUGAUCUGCGUGUUUGUUCCAAACUCAAUUUGAGCGCAAGUUUGAGAGAAAGGUGUCGUAAGCAGAUCAGAAAUUUACGUUUUCCAGAAGACUUGAGUGGAGUUUCCAACUACGUUCACGGUGUUGAUCCCUAUGAAUAUUACUGUGGAUGUGACAUUGACAUCGCCAUUGAAAUGACAUAUCUAAAACGUCUUUGUAACGAGUAUUAUGCAUUUCAAGAUUCUAGUUUGACUGAGUAUUAUGGUCAAUUAUGA